AUGAUGCGCAUUGCCAACAAACGGGCUGUCCCAAUCAGACCUAUCUACUAUCUACAAGCCAAACACAACAUACGCUACCUACACAAUAACCUGACCACACCAAACCAAGAGGAAAUCGCCAUCCUCGACCGCCAAAUCCUCCGACCCGACAGAGCAGAGACAUGCCAAUCCGGCACCGACGACGAAGUCGCGCGUCACAAAUCCCCGUACGACCCUACACAAACAGCAGUGGACAAAGAAGUCUCCGCUCUGCGGGAAGAAUACAGACUGGAAGGGGACCUCCUGCACGAUCCGUUGGCAGUCAGCCCCGCAAACCUACAAGUCAGUCAUAUACUGCAGUUGGAGGAGGAGCGUGCAAUUGCGGGAUGGAAUCCGCUGGGUAGUGUCAGGGGUUGGACGAGUAAACACAAAACAGUCCUGUUGCGGAGGGAGCCGUAUAAUUUUCGAGCAUAUGAAAUUGUGUUUCCCUAUCUUGGGAAGUACAGAAAGGUUUGCGGUUCCCUGGUGGUGAAUUAG